AUGGCGUCCAAAGUCCUGUUGUCGGCAGUUCUUCUGGUCAGUGUUGGUGUGUGCCAUGGUGACCAUCACGCUGACUAUUCUCAAAGCAAACCAACAAGUGCUGAAGGUGAUGUGGAACAUGUGUGUAACGGAGAGUGUCCCGAGUACGAGCUGUUGUGCUCGACCCCGGAGUACGACGUGAGGCGGUACAAGAGCGCCCUCUGGGUUUCCACUACGGUACCACACCUGUCCCUCUCCCAGGCCAGCGCCAGGGGACGAAAACUUCUGCACGACUACUUCGGAGGCGCGAAUGACAAACAUCUGAAAAUGUCUCACACCUCCCCGAUGGUGACGCAGACCCGGGAGCCUUCCGAGAGUCCCGUUCGCGAAAUCACCGUGUCUCUGCUUCUGCCUAAGAAGGUGGCAAAGACCCCCCCAAAGCCUGCAGAUCCCUGGGUGGUGAUAGAUCUCGUCCCAGAGACCAUCAUGUACGUGAAGAAGUUCGGAGGACGUUCUCCAAGGGUCGGCUUUGUCGCUGAUCGGGAGGCCCAUAACUUCUUUAAGACACUCAAGGCGAACAAAGAGCCACAUCCCGGAGAGGAUGGCUAUUACUAUGUCGCUCAGUAUGGCAGCGAAGACUCGUCCGACCACGACAUGCACAAUGAGAUCUGGGUGUUCGCGCUGAACGAGAGGACCUACAAGUGGCUGGAGUUCAACGACCUUACCGCAGACGGGGAGGGGCUCCCACAGUGUCUCCAUGGUAACGAGGAGCCAAUGACGUGGAAGAAGAUGGAUCAGAGCCACAUCCCCCUGUUAACCCGGGAGCGGUGCUCUACCACGUACUGCCAAGCCCCAAAGAAGUGUCCAAAGUACGAGUUAUCGGAAGUAAAGGGAGUCGACGACGAGAGCAUACAUCUCAAGCAGUACAAGGACUUCCGGGCACUGGCCUACAUACCCCCCACAUGCUAUUACGACACUGCUAUUCAUGCUUCAGCAGGUCCACUGUUGAAUCCCUGGACAACGCGGGUAGGUGUCCCAGCGUCGGAUGUUGCCGGGACGAUAACAGUCGCUAUCGAGAAAAGAGAGGAGCUGGACGGGAAGAGCAGCUGCCAGAAGCUCUACAAUGUGUGGUACUUCGCAGGCGGAGGGACGAGAAGCCAAGAGGACAGAAAUAUGCUGGAGAACGAAAACGGCUUCCGGACACCCAAAACAGUAGAAGCAGUUCAUCACGGAAAGACCGCUGGCAGCUCACCCAUUUACACCAAGUGUUUCGGCGGUAAUGCCUACUACGAGCCGAUCACCAUCACGUCCACAGCCAAACUGCUCAUGGAGCGACUCCGGGACCAGAAGAAGUGUUUCCUGGGUGACCACGUCGGUGUCUGGGAAUUCCACCCGCAGUCCAGGCUGUUCGACCACUACAACGAGAUCACCGUAUUCGCGGACCUGGACUGCAGUGAACAGGAGGGCCGGCCGCCCUUUACCUUUCACCUCCCCGUGAGUAAGGACUACAGCCGGACGGAGGCCAGGCCGUCGCUGGGUCACCAAUGUGACACCCACGAGUGCCCGGAGACUACCACAAUCAUGGGGCUGGAGAAUAACCUGCAGAUUUUCGAGUAUAAGUCAGCAAACUGGUUCUACUCCAAGAGUCCUUCCAAGUCCUGUAGCAACGAGGAAGCUUUCCACAAGGCGCUGAAUCCCCUCCUGUCGUAUCUGAAUGGAAAGAAUGAGAACAACUCCAGAAUUGACAUGACAAGACCGUUGUAUGGCCAGGCAAGGGAUAUUUAG